GGUUGCUUGAGCCUGCUUGUACGUUCGAUCGAUCUCAAUCGUCGCAUUUGUUAACAGUCAUUUACCUAGGUCUAUACGUGUGACCUUUUCGGUACUUACACUUGUUGGGCUCAUUUGAGUCUGUCUUACGCCAAGCAGACAGCAACAGAGGCAAGAGACGUGUUUUUCUUCUCACCGGCUUCAAGCUUCACAAACACAUUUCUAAUUUCGCAGCAGGGUCAUUUUUUAUGUUUAAAAAACACAUCGAAGUUUACAACUGAACCUCUUGGGCCUCUCGACACAAGCCACGAAGGAUCAUCGUUUUUAUUCUGGAAGCCAUUUGAGUGUUUGGCGGGAAACACACGAAUGGUUUUAGACGGGAAAUACUCGUCAAUGCGUACAAUUUAUAAGAGUAUUUAACUUCUCUGGACAAAUUCGUAUCUCCAGUUUUGAAAUCUAGACUUUUUUCACCGCGCUAUGAAAUACGUGAUGGAAGACGAUAUUCGCUAGUUGCGCUGGUAAUAGGAUUUAGGAGUAUUAUUACCAUGGGCUGUGGGUCAACGAAGAUCGACAAUAGAAAACCAGAGUUUGAUCAUUCAGGUUCAACAUCUUCCAAAUCCCAAACAACUCUACGUUCAGCGAUCUUAAUUCAAAACUGGUUUCGGCGCUAUCGAGCGAGACUCGAAGCACGAAGGCGAUGUACCUGGAAGAUUUUUCAAAGCAUUGAAUAUGCCGGUGAACAAGAUCAACUAAAGCUUUUCAAUUUUUUCAGUGAUAUGAUGACACACGUGCAACAAGAUAACAACAUAGCAGAGACCAGAUCGAGUGUAAUAACAGACGCACUGAAAAGAGAAGGUUCUCCCAUUAACAAGUCAGUUACAUCAGAUAACGAUACCCUGGAAAGACUGACAGACCCAGAGACAGUCCCAGUACCGUCCAACUACAGUGGCAUCAAAAUCAAACUACCUUUGUCUAUACAGACAAUCAAUAAACUAAUGAACCACUACAAGCUGAACAAGCAACUCCACGCCAAGUAUGUUCUGGUUAUCUUAAGAGAAGCACGAGAAAAGUUCAAGGUUUUACCGAAUAUUCAGAAAGCAACGACUAGUAUCGCCAAGCAAAUCACCGUAUGUGGAGAUCUACACGGGAAACUGGACGACCUUUUUACCAUAUUUUCCAAGAAUGGCGUCCCUUCUUCAGACAAUCCUUACGUUUUCAACGGUGAUCUUGUUGAUCGUGGCCCUAGAUCCAUAGAGAUCGUUAUUAUAUUAUUCGCAUAUAUGAUUCUGUAUCCCACUGGUGUUUACAUCAACCGAGGCAACCAUGAAGAUCACAUUAUGAACUUGAGGUAUGGUUUUAUCAAAGAAGUCAUGGAAAAAUACCAAGAACAUUCCAAUAAAAUUCUCAAGUUACUGGAGGAUAUUUUUGGCUGGUUGCCGUUAGGAACUGUCAUCAAUAACAAAAUAUUUGUUACCCACGGUGGAAUAUCGAAUAUUACUGACCUGGAGAUAAUCAAUAGGAUUGACAGACACAAGUAUGUGUCAAUCCUAAAGCCUCCAGGAAUGAGUGGUAAGCAGAAACCAAGUAUGGCUCAACUGAUGGAAUGGAGACAGGUACUUGAUUUAUUGUGGAGUGAUCCCAAGCCUAAUCUGGGUUGCAAACCCAAUACAUUCCGCGGUGGAGGGUGUUACUUUGGCCCUGACGUAACCACACAAGUCUUGAGGAAACACAAAUUUGAUCUUUUAGUAAGAUCCCAUGAAUGUAAAUAUGAAGGCUUUGAGUAUACACAUGACGAUAAGGUAGUAACAGUCUUUUCAGCGUCAAAUUAUUACGAACAAAGUAGUAAUAGAGGCGCAUACAUGCGGAUAGAACACGAUGAAAAACCAUAUUUUGUACAGUUUCAAACAUCUAGCCAAGACCGAAGACUCACGCUAAAGAAAAGAGUCAGUAUCGUUGAAGAAUCCGCCAUCAGAGAAUUACGAGAAAAGCUGUACGCGAACAAACGUUGUUUGAUGACAGCAUUCGAAGAAAAAGAUAAAGAAAACACAGGUUACCUUACGGCCAGCCAAUGGGCCAGUGUAGUGGAAGACACACUACAGUUAGAAGUCCCAUGGAACAUGGUUAAACAUCAACUAGCACGCAUUUUACCUGAUGGCCGGGUGGACUAUGCAUCAUGUCUGGAUCAAUACUCAAUAGAGGGCAAAGCCGAUAGGAAUGGCCCAAGCAUCACUGAAGCUUUGUAUCGCAACAGAUCGAAUCUAGAAACAAUAUUCAGAUUGAUGGAUAAAGAUAAUUCAGGUCAUAUAUCUAUGGAGGAGUUCGAAGAAGGCUGUCGGCUUCUUAAUCAGCAUGUUAACACUCAGAUCCCUGAAAAAUCCAUCCAAGACUUGGCCAAAAGUAUCGACCUGGAUAACGACGGGUUUAUUGACUUUAACGAAUUCCUGGAGGCAUUUCGACUUGUUGAUAUUAACGUGUCACGGAAUGGAUUUGCUCACUGAAUAAAAGGUCCAUGUGGUAAAGAACUGCAUGGAAGUAGGUCUCCAAUGUACAUUGUAAACGGAGACUAAACCAGGACUGCAUACAUGUCUUCACGGAAUGGAUUUGCUCACUGAAUAAAAGGUCCAUGUUGUAAAGAACUGCAUGGAAGUAGGUCUACAAUGUACAUUGUAAACGGAGGUUAAACCAGGACUGCAUGUCUUCCCUUCAAGCUACUCUAAGCUUGAUAUAAGAUUUUAUCCAGGUUAGCCCAUACCUGAACCACUCGAUCCAAAUUUUAUAGACAUGAGGAUACUGAAUAGUAAUACAGCAGGUACAAGAUCAGCACUUGAGACUGCGCAUGGGCACUGGCCUACCUGCUACUACAUUGAUGUAAGGCUGCGCUUUGCUGUGACUUCCACCCUGACAAAGUUCUCAAACCUAGACGACGUAUCGCACACAGAAUUGAGUGCAGAGAGGCGAUAUUAACUACAGACGUUUAAAUUCUGUUUCGAGUCUUCUGCAUCCUGUGGCCACAAUGAUGCAAGGCKGUGGACGAUCCUAUCCUGACAAGAAGCUCAAGCAUACUUUACAAUAUUUCAUUUAAAUUGAAUCUAUUGAAAUUGUCAGCUAUAUUCUUGACUUCAUUCAGUUCGAGUCAGUCAUUGUACGAUAGAAUAGGUUUUGGUAAAUUAAUGUAAAUAUGUAAUUCGAACACUGUACAUAUUUGACAUACUUGCAUGCAUUUUACCAGGACAAAAGAUGAACAAAACUAGUUAAGAAUAAAAUACUGGAAACAGACUUACUACUCCGAUGCUUUUUCCAGUUCUCUGUUGCCCAGAGGUGGUGUCGAUUUUAUGUAAAAUAUACAUGUGAUCCAGUGAAAGUCCGUGGAGUUUCAAAUACUGAAUUGAGCACGAAUUUUUAGACGCCGAA